CUCACUACUCUACUCUCAGAUUUUUCGGCUCUGCUCUCUCAAACUCAAUCCCUAAAUUUCUAAAUUUCUAAAGCGAUGGCGAAGAACAGGAGCAAGAAGAAAAGAAAGGACGCGGAUUCAAUGGACGUCACAGAAUUGCCCGUUUCAGAUGUCCCUCAAGAAAUGGAUACUUCAGAGUCUGGGGCUCAAAACCCAAGUGGCGCUGCUUCCAAUUUAAAGAUAAAGGGGAGACAAAUGAAGAGAACCAAGAAUGCUCGGAAGAAGAAAGCUGUAGUAAGAGCUAUAUCGAAAAGGGAGAAGGCUGUUGAGAAAGUAUUGAAGCAUGAAAGCAAAACCUUGAGAACUCAAUCCGCAAAACUGCUAUACGACUAAGGAUUCCGAUCGAGCAUAUUGUUUCUUAUAUUAGGAUUUAGAUUCAUCUGUCUUUUUGUUAUCCCUGUAUCAGUUCCUCUUUUGUUAUAAUAUAUGACAUGGUUUCAGGCAUUUUCUGCACUAGUAAUUACCAAAGUGCAGUGGCAAAUGUUAAGCUUUUUUGUUACUAUAGAGAAGCUUCUUUAUUACUAUUGAGGAAAAGGUUUCCAGACCUGAAGACUUAUAAUUCAUGAACUCAGUCUAAAACAAUAUUUGUUCC